GGGGUGUCGUUUGCGGUCAGAAAAGGAGAAUGUUUCGGUUUAUUGGGAGUGAACGGAGCCGGCAAGACGACCACCUUUAAUAUGUUGACGGGACGAAUUCAGAUCGGUUCCGGAGAUGCAUGGAUUUGCGGCAAAAGUGUGUAUCAACGUGGUAUUGGUAGUUUACGACAACUGGGAUAUUGUCCGCAAUUUGAUGCGUUGAAUCUGAAAUUAACCGCCCGUGAACAACUCACAUUCUAUUCACGUCUUCGAGCGAUACCUGAGUAUAAAAUUGAUGAGGUAUGUCGUGUGUGUUGA